AUGGCCACCCCCAGUGUUCUCACCUUUGACGCUAAGGGUCGGGCUGUUGACUUUGAGGUCUGGGUAGAUGAUCUGCAGCUUUUCCUACAGUGCGAUAGGGCAGACGGUCUCUCUCUGUUUGACCUCACCUCUGGUGCCUCUCCUGCCCCUGCUGCUGAUGCUGACGCCACUGUUCGCUCACAGUGGGCCACGCGCGAUGCUGCUGCUCGCCUUGCUGUGCGCCGCCACUUACCGACCGCUGAGCGCGCGCAUUUUAGUCAGUACAAGAGUGCUAAGACCUUGUACGACGCUGUUGUUGCACGCUACUCUUCCCCUGCCAUUGCUGCCCUUAGCCGCCUCAUACUGCCGUACCUCUUCCCUGACCUCGCCGCUUUUCCCACAGUCGCUGUCCUCAUUACGCACCUUCGCACUAGUGACACCCGCUACCGCGCUGCGCUUCCUGCUGAGUUCUGCGCCAAGAACACCCCCCCUAUGUACAUCACCCUCUACUACAUAGUCACCCGGCUCCCUGACACCCUUCGCUCGGUCAGGGACCACUUCCUCUCUGUUUGCCCCACCACCCUCACCGUUGACCUCCUCGAGGAGCGCCUCCUAGCAGCAGAAAAGAGUAUAGUCGCUGUAGGAGCCUCUCGUGGUGACCCUCGUACCCCUGUCUUUGAGGGGUGCUCCCCCUCCCCCCUCUUGCCCUCUGUUGCCUCUACUGCUGCGGCCGACCUCGUUGGUCUUGAGUCAGUCGGCGCGGCGUCUGCCCCUAGCGGGAGACGCCGAUCAGGCAAGGGCAAGGGGGGCAAGGGCGCUGGAGGAGCUGGCGGGGGCGGUGGAGGCGGCGGUGGAGGCGGCGGAGGGGGUGGGGGUGGCGGUGGGAGUGGUGGCGGGAGUGGGGGCACUAGUGGCGGCAGUGGAGGCGGAGGAGGCGGCGGUGGUGGCGGUGCGAGCGGAGGUGGUGGAGGUGGAGGCGGUGGUGGAGGUAGCGGCGGCGGAGGUGGAGCUGGUCGGGGCGGCUCUUCGCAGAGGGUCGGCUCCGGUGGUGGUCAGCGCCAGCAGCAGCGGCAGCAGCGCACUCGUGAGACCCCUUCCCCCCAGCAGCUUCGUGAGUGGUACAUUGCUCGUCAGCGGGGUGGGGGUGCUGGCCCCUGUACCUACGUUCUACGUACAGGCGACCGCACGGGUGAGCAGUGUCGGGGUCCGCACUCCACCCAGUGCUGCUUCGGCCGCCUGACGGACGCUUGGCGUCAUCAGUUCCCCGACGCUACUGAGAUCCCUCGCUGGGGCGAGCUGUUUAGGGCGGGUGUUGCGAUCUUUGAUCUUGAUUAUGAUGCUAUUCUUGCUGCAAUGUAUGCUGUGACUAUUAGUGAUGAGGGUGACUGUUACCGGUGUUUUCCGCCUGACCCGGGCAUUGAGGCUGCUGCUCUAGGUGCUGGUGAGGCUGCUGCUCUAGGUGCUAGUGAGUCUGCUGCCCCAGGUGCUGGUGAGUCUGCGCUCUCAGGUACCGCGUCGGCUCCGGCCACCCACACCUUCACCCUUGACUCGGGUGCUUCCCGCUCCUUCUUUCGAGACCGCACCACGCUUACGCCGCUUAGUCGGCCAGUGGCAGUCUCCCUGGCAGACCCCUCUGGGGGUCCUGUCCUUGCCCACUUCUCCACUGUUCUACCGUGUCCGGCGGCCCCUUCUGGCACCCUGUCGGGUCUUUACCUCCCCUCGUUCUCUACGAACUUGGUGAGUGGUGCUGACCUCCAGGAUGGAGGGGUUCACCAGUUCACUCCUGCGAGUCAGCGAGUGACCCACUGUACCUUUGCUCGGACGGGCCGUCACUUGGCCACGUUUACCCGUCAGCCGGGGUCGAGCCUGUACACACUCACUACUGAGUCUCCUCCGGUCGCUGAGUCUGCUCAGGUAGCCGCGUCGGGUGAGGUGUUUGCUGCGGCGUCCAGGUCUGGUCCUGAGUGUGCCCCCUGCUCGUGUCGUCUCCUGUCUCACCAGACUCUCCUCUGGCACCACCGCCUUGGUCACCCCUCCCUGCCUCGUCUUCGAGGCAUGGCCUCCCGUGUCCUUGUCUCUGGUCUCCCCCGGUCCCUCCCUCCCCUUCCUCCGGGGCCUGCCCCCACCUGCGUUCCCUGCGUCGAGGGGCGGCAGCGCGCUGCUCCUCACUCCUCCGAGUUUCCUCCGACAGAGGCUCCGCUGCAGAUGCUUCACAUGGACGUGUGGGGCCCAGCCCGCGUCCGUGGACAGGGUCACGAGCGUUACUUCCUGCUGGUGGUUGACGACUACUCGCGUUACACCGCAGUCUUCCCCUUGCGCAGCAAGGGUGAGGUCACUGAGAUCAACCUUCAGCCCCGGGUCUCCAUGCCGGAGACCUCCCCUGCUUUGCUGUGGACGGGGAAGGUUGGCGAUGCGUCUGCGUUCCGUGUCUGGGGAUCUCGGGCGUUUGUCCGCGACUUGUCUGCGGACAAGCUGUCCCCUCGUGCUGUUCCCUGCGUCUUCCUUGGCUUCCCCCCUGACGCGCCGGGCUGGCAGUUCUACUACCCCACCUCGCGCCGUGUUCUGUCCUCCCAGGACGUCACGUUUGACGAGUCGGUUCCCUACUACCGUCUCUUCCCCUACCGCACUGCGUCCCUCCCCCCCCCGCCGCUCUUCCUUACGCCAGGUCCCCCUCCGGUAGACCCCCUCCCCCCUCAGGGUCCUACCCCCUCAGGUGUGUCUCAGGUAGACGCAGUCGACCCUGUCGAGGUAGCUAUUGACUCUGGUGCUGCUAGGGGUGCUGAGCCUGCGGGUGCUGGGUCUGGGGGUGCUGACUCUGGGGGUGCUGAGCCUGGGGGUGCUGACUCUGGGGGUGCUGCGCCUGGGGGUUCUGCGCCUGGGGGUGCUACGCCUGGGGGUGCUGCGUCUGGGGGUGCUGAGCCUGGGGGUGCUGCGUCUGGGGGUGCGGAGUCUGAGGGUACUGGACCUGCUCGUGUGGCGUCUGGCGGUGCUGGGCCUGGAGGUUCUUCGGGUGCUUCGUCCCGGCGGGAGCUACUCUCUCCACAGGAGCUGCGUGAGUGGUUUGCCCGGCGCUGGAGGCGAGCUGCUGGAGCUGGAGGUGCUGCGGGAGCUGGAGGUUCUGCUGCUGCUGAGGGUGCUGGUGCCGCGGGUCCCGGAGGUGCUCGUACUGGGAGUACUGGAGCUGCUGGGCCUGCGGGUGCUUCUCGUACUGGAGCUGGUGGUGCUGCGGGCGUCGGUGCUACUGAGGGUGCUGGAGCUGGACCCGCUGCGUCUUCUGGUGGUCCGGCUGGAGCUGGAGCUGCUGGGGGUGUUGGCGCUGAGGGUGCCUCUGGUGCUGGUGCCUCUGAGGGUACUGGAGUUGGCACUGCUGGAGCUGGGGGUGCUGCUGGCGCUGGUGCUGUCGUUCGGGGUGCUGGUGCUGUCCCUUCUGGUGCUGGUGGUGCUGAGCGGCCGCGACCGUACUUCGUUCCGCUCCUUGAGCAGGUUCUUGGUCUUCCGCCCUCUGCUAGUCCGGCUCCUCCCUUAGAGUGUCCACCGCCUGUCCAGUCCGAGUCACAGUUACAGCCUACCUCUCCUCUGCCUACUCCUUCUCCCUACACUGGUCCUACUGGAGGUCUUGCUGAGCGUCGUGAGCCUGCGUCUCGUCCUGCGUCGCCUGCCCGUGCUGCUCGCACUAGUAGUCGUGGUUCGCGUCAGCGUCCUCCCCCUGUCCCCGGCAUGCACCGGAUGUCUCUGCGUCCCUCCACUGCUCCGCUGCGUGCCCCUUUGCCUUCUCCUCCUGAGUCCUCUCUUCCUGUUCUUGCUGACCCGGAGUCGGACUCCCUUUGUGCUGCCAGUCCUACUGUCACGCGUCUCCUUGCUACUAUCUUCACUGACCCUUCCUUUGAGUCCGCUGCUGCGUCUGCCUUAGUUUCUGAGCUUGUCGACUUCGCUGCUUGCUGUCGCCUAGACUACGCUGCUAGUCUUGUCGCUGAGUCUGAGUCUGUCUGUCCUCCGUCCGUCGGGGGUGAGUGUGCCCUUGGCAUGGACGUCCUUGAGGACAGGCAGGAGGAGUUCCAGUGCUUUGCUGCUGCUUCACCUCAUCUCGUGUCCAUGCUGCUUGCCCCUGAGGGAGACCCGGAUGCACCAGACAUUCCGACUCCGCGCUCUUACGCGGAGGCGAUAGAGGGUCCCUACUCCUCUCAGUGGCAGGCAGCCAUGGAUGCAGAGAUGGCUUCCUGGAAGUCCACAGGCACCUACGUCGACGAGGUUCCCCCUCCUGGGGCGAACAUCGUCAGUGGCAUGUGGAUUUUCAGGGUGAAGCGGCCGAUGGGUUCUCCGCCUGUCUUCAAGGCGCGCUACGUGGCUCGUGGCUUCAGUCAGCGGCAGGGAGUUGACUACUUUCAGACCUUCUCUCCCACCCCGAAGAUGACCACUCUUCGGGUACUGCUGCACAUAGCCGCUCACCGUGACUACGAGCUUCACUCUCUUGACUUCAGCACUGCUUUCUUGCAGGGCAGCCUGCACGAGGAGAUCUGGCUGCGCCGCCCACCUGGCUUCACUGGGUAUUUUCCUCCUGGUACCCAGUGGAGCCUCCGGCGGCCAGUCUACGGUCUCCGCCAGGCACCUCGUGAGUGGCACAACACACUGAGGACUACACUUGCGACUCUUGGGUUUGCUCCUUCUACUGCCGACCCGUCGCUGUUUCUGCGCACCGACACUUCUUUGCCGCCGUUCUACAUCCUCGUGUACGUCGACGACUUGGUCUUUGCCACAGCUGACACUACUGGACUCGCCCACGUGAAGUCUGAGCUGCAGAAGAGACACACGUGCACAGACCUGGGUGAACUGCGCAGCUACCUUGGCUUGCAGAUCACCCGGGACAGAGCACAGCGCACCAUUACCCUGACUCAGUCACACAUGGUGCAGUAG